AGGAGAAGAGAAGAGAGGAGAGUGGGAGGAGGUGCGGGUGGGAGUCCCGCAGAAGGAGCGUUUCAAUCCCAACAUGAAUUCCACCCGCAAUCUGACCGACAACACACGAGCGAUAUAAGCAGACAUCACGGUGCCUCGCGCAAGCUGAUACUUUCUGAAGUCUUUCCCAUCAGCGUCUGCUUGUUUUCCACGGAUGCCCUUAACGUCUUCCUGGUGACUUUAACAUCGCCGCGAAACGGGAUGUGGCGGUGAAUGUCGCGUUUCGCUUCUUUUCGCUCCGGUUGAAGCCGCAGGAGUAGGCUAUGCGAUCAUGUUGGCGACGCGCUGCCUCCUCCUGUGGGCUGCGGUCACCGCGCGACUCGCCGUGACAGGCUGGGGCAGCAGCAUCAAGCGGGACGGAGCGGAACGGGGACGCGAACAGAACGCGUAUGCAGAGGAGCUCACGCAGCCUCAGCGGCUGCUGCAGCGGACUGACGCGGAGGAGGAGCUUCCGCACGGACACUUGGGUACUCUAGUAAAGACUGAUGCUGAUGGAGCGCAUCCCAUUCAUUUGGCUCAGAUCUCAUUCCAGGUGACGGCAUUUGGAAUCCCAUUUGUUCUAGACCUGGAGCUCAAUCAUGAUCUAUUGUCGUCUAACUAUGUUGAACGCCAAUUCGAUGAGGAUGGGCGACCUUUUCAAAGUCUGGGAGGAGAGCACUGUUACUAUCACGGUCACGUGAGAGGAGUUCAGAGGUCAUGGGCAGCUCUCUCCACCUGUCAUGGCCUACAAGGGAUGUUCUCAGAUGGCAACUUUUCAUACGGCAUUGAGCCCUUGCACAACAGCAGCGGCAAGGAUGUAAAUACUCAUGUUGUAUACAGAAUGGCAGACAUCCGGUUGAGGCCACAUUCCUCAGGAAGCACCAGGAACAGCAGUGACUCUGACAUUAACAAUGAAUAUCCCGUUUCUAUGGAAACAAAUGAGCCGGAGCUCACAGAUGGGCUGAGACGGGCAAAAAGACAGGUUCGGAGGGGUCCACGCACAGUUCAGAGUGAAACAAAGUAUGUAGAGUUACUAGUGGUCAAUGAUUAUGAACUGUUUGUACAGAUGCGAAGAUCAGCCCCUCAGACGAGGAACUUUGCCAAAGCUGUAGUGAAUAUGGCUGAUGUUAUUUACAAGGAGCAGCUGAACACUAGAAUAGUGCUUGUCGCCAUGGAGACAUGGUCAACUCAGAACAUGGUUUCUGUUGGCGACGACCCUUUGGUGACCCUGCGUGACUUUAUGAAAUACAGGAAGGAGAAUAUCAAAGAGAAGAGUGAUGCAGCUCACCUGCUCUCGGGACGCACAUUUCAGAGCAGAAGCAGUGGCACUGCCUACUUUGAGGGGAUCUGCUCACCAACACGAGGAGGAGGAGUCAAUGAGUAUGGAAACGUGGGGCCCAUGGCUAUAACCUUGUGUCAGAGUUUAGGACAGAACCUUGGUAUGAUGUGGAAUAAAGAUCGUGCUACUGCAGGAGACUGUAAGUGUCCAGAUCCAUGGUUAGGCUGCAUCAUGGAGGAUACCGGAUACUAUCUACCCAGAAAGUUUUCACGGUGCAGUAUAGAGGAGUACAUUCAAUUCCUCCAGCAAGGAGGAGGGAGUUGCCUCUUCAAUAAACCUAACAAGUUGUUGGAUCCUCCUGAAUGUGGCAAUGGCUUUGUGGAACAGGGAGAAGAAUGUGACUGUGGCUCCCAAGUGGAUUGCUCUCGUGCUGGGGGUGCAUGCUGUAAAAAAUGCACUUUGACCCAUGAUGCAAUGUGUAGCAAUGGACUCUGUUGUAGCCGUUGCAAGUAUGAGCAGAGAGGAGUGAUCUGCAGGGAUGCAGUGAAUGACUGUGAUGUGCCGGAAACAUGCACUGGCGAUUCGAGUAAAUGUCCACAUAAUGUCCACAAACUGGAUGGUUACAUGUGCAAUGCUGGACUGGGGCGCUGCUAUGGGGGUCGCUGCAAGACCAGGGAUGCCCAGUGUCAGGUGCUCUGGAGCCACAUAUGCUUUGCCAAUUUUAACACAAAUGAUGAUAAAGAGUCGAGGCUGAACGUUUGUGUCCUCUGUGUGCAACGCCGUGCUACACAGGCAUUACAACAGGAUGUGUUGUGCGGUUUUUUAUUAUGCACUAAUGUCACAGCGAAACCACGGUAUGGAGACUUAAAUGGAGAAAUCACAAGUCUUACCAUCUACCAUCAGAACAAGUACCUGGAUUGUCGUGGGGGUCAUGCAGUGUUAGAAGAUGGCACUGAUCUCGGGUACGUGGAGGACGGCACCCCGUGUGGUCCUAAUAUGAUGUGCCUGGACCAUCGCUGUCUGCCGGUCACCACCUUCAACCUGUCAUCCUGUCCUGGGUCAUCCUCUUCUCACGUGUGCUCUGAUCAUGGGACGUGCAGUAAUGAGGUGAAGUGUAUCUGCGAUGCAGACUACACUGGGAAGGACUGCAGUGUAUAUGACCCUAUUCCAGACCCCCAGCCUCCAGACGGUCCUGAGAAGUACAAAGGUCCGAGUGGGACAAACAUCAUCAUUGGCUCAAUAGCGGGAGCGAUACUGCUGGCAGCUAUAGUAUUGGGAGGAACAGGCUGGGGCUUCAAAAAUAUCAGAAGAGGAAGGUAUGACACUGCCCAACAAGACAUGAUGUGAUUUCAUACAUCCAUGUCCACCUAGCACAUAUUGCACAAGUUGUUUUCACAUCUUCGUC